CACAGCAUUUCCAACAGCACCGAUGGUGCAAGCUGCGGGAACUUCAAGCGUCAGAGGCUCUGAAUUUGUCGAAACGGAUGAAGGCAUUGUGAUCUUCGAAGGAAGUCCACACAAAGAAAAGGUGCUCUAUGGCAACUUGUUGUGGACCGGUGCCCUGGCACUGUCCAAGUUCUUCGCAACUGCCUCAGCUGCGCCAAGAGUCCAAGGACGAGCUUGCUUGGAGCUGGGUGCUGGAACUGGGGUGGUUGGACUCACUCUUGGCCGCCUGGGAGCAGCGCCAGUCUUCAUUACGGACAAUGAGCCGGAGUUGGUGACUCUCAUGGCAAAGAACAUAGAGGCCAACCAGCUGAGCCAUUGCGUGCAAACUCGCCAACUGGACUGGGCAGAUGGCUCCACUUUCAUGCAGCAGAUGCCUGACAUUGUCGUGGCAGCAGAUGUGCUGUAUGAAGGCGAUGGAUCGAUAUUUUGCCAUGCCCUUUCACAACACCUCCGAGAGGGAGGGGAAGCCUACGUGGCAAAUCAUCACAAUCCCAAGAAGUGCCAGGCAACUCUGGGCUUCAUUCGAAGUGCCAUCUCCAUGGGCUUGAGACUGGAAAGGUUGGAGGAUUGCAAUGGCUUUGCCUUGGGGAGUCUGCAAAUUUCCGCAGCUCCUUUUGGAGGAAAUUUCCAACCUUUGGAAGGAAGUGCCGAUGCGAUUUGCAACUUGGUAAGAGAUGCAAAAUUCCACGAACCUGAUUUGAGUCCAAUGGAGAGACAUGGCAGCAAGAAGGCACUUGAUUUUAGAAUCUUGAAUUUGUUAUACCCAGGCACAGAAUGCCGUUUCUAGUGGAUCAAUUUUUGGGUGCAAGGCAUGUCUCGUUUAAAGCAAAUCAUUUGAUUGGACUCCUCCCUGCACCACAUUGAUUCCAGGCAUAUUCAAAUUUUCCGGCUUUCGAAAUUUAUGGGAGCCAAAUUGUAGCAAGUAAAACGG